CGAGCCUCAGCCCUGCACUACCUUCCGUCCUGUAUAUAGGGUCCCCGCAUCUCCUCGCGAGGACGAAGCCAAGAGAGAGUAGAGCGGUUAGGUUGGGAGCUCACUCCUGUCCUGCGUGUGCUUCCUUGAUCGAAUCUGAGCCGAGGCCGAUCGGAAUCCAAUCCAAGCUUCAGGGAUGGCGACUGGGAGUGGAGCUGAAAAGCCAGCUGAGGCUGUGCUGGAGUGGCAUAAACAGGACAAGAAGAGGAUGCUUCAUGCCGUUUACCGUGUUGGGGAUUUGGACAAAACAAUCAAGUAUUACACGGAAUGCUUUGGGAUGCAACUGCUGAGGAAAAGGGAUGUCCCAGACGAUAAGUACACCAACGCAUUUCUUGGGUUUGGACCAGAGGACACCAACUUUGCACUUGAAUUGACAUACAAUUAUGGUAUUGACAAGUAUGACAUUGGAGAGGGCUUUGGGCAUUUCGCUAUCGCUAAUGAGGAUGUGUACAAGUUGGCUGAUAAUAUUAAAUCCAAAGGUGGAAAGAUCACCCGUGAACCUGGUCCUGUCAAGGGAGGAUCCACUGUUAUUGCCUUUGCACAGGACCCUGAUGGUUACCUGUUUGAGCUUAUCCAAAGGGGACCGACUCCUGAGCCUCUUUGCCAAGUUAUGCUUCGUGUUGGUGACCUUGAGCGUGCUAUCAAGUUCUAUGAGAAGGCCCUUGGGAUGAGUCUGCUAAGGAAGAAGGAUGUACCUGAGUAUAAGUAUACCAUUGCCAUGUUGGGCUAUGCUGACGAGGAUAAGACAACUGUUUUGGAGUUGACGUACAACUAUGGUGUCACGGAAUAUAGCAAGGGCAAUGCAUAUGCUCAGGUUGCUAUUGGCACUGAUGAUGUGUACAAGAGUGCUGAGGCUGUUGAUCUGGCGACCAAGGAACUAGGGGGCAAGAUUUUGCGGCAACCAGGGCCACUUCCUGGGAUCAACACAAAGAUCACCUCGUUUGUUGAUCCAGAUGGCUGGAAAGUGGUUUUGGUUGAUCAUGCCGACUUCCUUAAGGAACUCCAGUGAAGAUCAGGACGACAAGCAAGUGCUGUGCUAGGAUGUAGUAGUGCUUGUCCGUGAUGUAAUAAAGGGCAGUUUGUUUCCGCCCUGGAAAAUAAACACUAGAGAGGCUGUGCCUGCUACUAUGCAAUUGCUACCUGUAGCAACCUGUCUGUUAAGGUGGAUCAGUUCACGAUGUUGAAUGGUGUUCUCUCUGUUCUA